UCCCAAGACACUAAAUUCAUCCCGCUGCCAAGCUUCGCGUCCCCAUCAUCCCCCCACGACCAAGCCUCACCAGCAGGUACCAGCUCGUUGUUAGAGACAUCGUCGGCAGCUUUGACAACAAAGUGAUUAACUAACACCGGCUGAGGCAAUGGUGUCCCCCACCGACCCCCUCCCGGCGAUCCUAUCCCAGGCACAGGUGAGCCUGUCGAGCAUCCUGCAGGCGCGCGCCCUGCACGCCUCGCGCGACGCGGCCGUGACGGGCCGCCUGGCCGCCGUCGCCGCCCGCGCCGACCGGCUCCUCGCCGUCCUCGCCCUGCUCCAGGACUGCCCGCCCCUCCACACCCCUGCCGUCCGCGCCCGCGCGCACCAUCUCAUGCGCCUAGCCGCCGACCACGCCAGCGCCCUCAUGGUCAUGGCCGCCGACAGCAUGCGGGGCGCCCGCGAGCGCGAGCGGGAGGAGGAGCAGGAGCAGGAGCCACGCGAGGAGGAGCUCCGACAUCUGGACGCGGUGCAGGCCUGGCUGGAGGGGUCCGCGCGGGAACUGGAAGGGCUGGUCAGGAGCGUGUACGUGGGCCUCGGGGGCGAUGUCGAGGAAGGGUGGUGGGUGGAGACUGGGGAGCUCGUCGAGGUGGCGGGUAAAGUCAGAGAGGUGCUGGGGUGCGAGAUGGUGCUUGUCGAGAACUUGAGGGAUCGGCUGCGCGAAGGAACUGAUGAAAUCAUCCGGCUCGACGAUGACGACGCGGCGGCUUUGGGGCUGCCACAGACGACCAUUGCUAGGAUUGAGCAGUGGCGGGCUGGGGUGAGCUGAUAGGCGCAUGUCGUCCUUUUUUAGUUUUUU